AUGACCUCUGGGCGAACCACCAUCGGUUGGGACAAGAAUGGUGGGCUCAUCCUCCUUCAGUAUGAUGGUCACACGGGCGCCCCGUCUUGGGGCGCGACAAUGAAUGAGUUGGCCGACAAAAUGGUUAGCUUCGGUGCAGUCGAGGCGAUCAAUCUGGACGGCGGCGGCAGCACCCAGAUGUGGAAGAACGGCGUGCAGAUUGGCUACAGCUCAGACCGCGCCACUUACGGGGUGCUUGCCGGGACUUACGAGGUAGGUUGCCCCAUCGGCGAGGGAAAGGGCAAUUUGAGUGCCUUCGAGUGCGCGCGCAAGGUCAGCACCAUCAUCUGCAUCCACGAGGCCAAAGGAGGCGUCAUGUCGUUCCUCGCCCCCCAACAGGCGGGCUCGGGGGUCUCGGGGCUGUCGCUCGGCACCCUGGUCGUCGGAUUGUGCAUUGGCGCCGCCGUCGGCGCGGUCGCCCAUACAAUGUGGAGCAAGACAAAAGGUAAAGGCGCCGAGCUGAGCUAUGACGGCUCAGAGUGA